CUUUCUUUCUCUCUUUCUCUUCUUUCCUUCUCCUUUCACUCUUCUUUGCCCACUUUUUUUCUUCUUCUUCAAUACUAAUCACAUUCCUGUGAUCACUGCUGCCUUUUUAUUAUUAUUAUUAUUCUUUUUUUCUUUUCCUUCUUCCCCCAUAAAGAAAAAGGAGAAAAAGGAUGGUGCAUCCCGGAAUAAUUGUUGCAAGCGUCUUUGGCGUAGUUGUCACUGGCGUAGUGAUCUAUACGAUCAUCAAGGAAGAAUUCUUUGAACAACCAAGCUCGACUAACUAUGAACGAUUCCGAGAAAAUCACCGGCAACAGCAGCGACAACAACAACAACAGGAGGAGGAGGACCAAGACCGAUAUAAUUUCUACUCUUCCUCGACCUCGAUCCAUGGCGACUAUGAACUACGACAACGACGAAUCCCCCAACCUGAAGACGACGAGAAUGAAAAAUCGAAGCUUGACAAUGAUCUAAUGCAAAGACUACAAAGGGUUGAAGCAGAGGAGGCUCGUCUUGCAGAGAAGGAAAGGGCUAUGCGAGAGCGUGAAGAGAAUCUGCAGCGAUCUAUGCGUGAGCAUGAGGAACGUCUGGAACGAGAAAUGCGAGAGUCUUUUGUUCUUAGAGAACGUAGAGAUGAAGAAGAGGAAGAGGAUGAGGAUGAACAACUUGCUAAAACACUUCGUCAACGGGAACCACAUAUCUCUCCUCCCACUAUCUCUGAGAUUUAUCAAAACCCAUUUGCUAGCCAUGAACCCUUGAUCCAAAAUUACAAUGUUACAGAUUCCCAGGAAAGUAUUGAUUAUCAUCAUACAAGCCCCUCAGCUGCUACAGAAUCAACAACGACAGCAAUAGAGACAACAGCACCACAGUCUGGAGUUAGCUCCCGUGCUGCCAAUGCAAUUCUUCGUCAUGACUUGAGUAGUAGCCAUCAUGAGAACAUUAAUCCAUUCGAAGAUCCUUCGACUCUACUUGAGAACCUAUCCUCGUCCUCGGAUCGAUCAUCAGUUCACGGACAUGGAAGGAUGAACGGGGACGUGUUUGCGGAUUCAGAGGAUCGAUCAGUCACUGUGGAUCGUGAUGAUGAAGAGGAUUUUGAAUGGACCGAGGCUGAAAUCGGUAGCAUUGGAUCACAAGAAUCAGACGAGUCGUGGGUGUCGCAUUAGAGAGAAGAUCAUAAAGAUGUUCAGAAAUGUGGGGGGGGGCACUGACCUUCUUCCCUCAUUAGACUUCCGAUCUCCCCUUUUUUCCUUUUUCUUCUUUUCUCCACAUCUGUCAUUUAAAAAAUAAAAU